UUCCAGACUGCAGCACAAGUAUUUCUCUUGCAGAUUUUGUGUGUCACUUGUUUCAGUUAUGGAUUUGGCCAGUAGGAAUGAAAAGUGUGCGAAAACGUAAACUGAGAUAUUAAUUUUUAUUUCAACUAAAUAUUUUGAAACAGUUUUGAACGACUGACCCAUGUGAAAAUAUAUCCAUGGCAAAGAAAACAUUAAACAUGAAUUCAUAUAACGAUUUUGAUAAAAAUAAAGGCAGUGUCCAUAGCAACUCCAAGGCCGACAACCUUUUGGACUCUUCACAUGCCUUUAGCCCGCUAGUGUACUGGGCACAAACGGAACAAACAUUAACAUUAAAAGUGGACUUGAAAGACUCCAAGCCGCCGGUUGUGGAUUUUACUCCAAAGUCAUUGUCGUUUUCUGCAGAGGGCUACGGUGCCCGUGGAUUCAACACUUACAAAUUUGAUUUGAGUUUUUAUGCAUUAAUUAAUGAUGAGAACUGCACAUGCCGUGUUUUCGAUAAUAAAAUUGAAUUUUACAUGCAAAAGUGCGAAAAGGGGUGGUGGCCGAGGCUCAUAGGUACACCGCAAAAACCGCAUUGGCUAAAAAUCGAUUUUGAUCGCUGGCGUGUUGAAGAUGACUUUUUUGACGAACAGCCUCGCGAUGUUAUAGAAGAUUACACACAAGAAUUCCAAAAAUUACAAAAAGAUGAACUUGGUUAUAUAAAAGAAAGCAGCAAAAAAGUGUAUAUGAUACUUUACAACUUAGUCCAGUUUGUUGGCUUCUUGUACAUAUUGUGUGUUAUGACAGUAUUAUACUACCGCGACGGACCUAGCUGUAUGACUAAAAUCUACGAAUCCGUAGGCAGUGCUAUGAAGUUCUGCCAAUUACUGCAAUAUUUGGAAGUCCUGCAUCCAAUUUUCGGCUACACUAAAGGCAGUCCUCUUGUACCAUUUUUCCAAGUAUCAGGACGUAAUUUCGUACUGUUUAUUAUGAUUGAAAUGGAAGAGCGCAUGCAAACCAAACCAGUUGUGUUUUAUAUAUUUGUUAUCUGGGCCGUCAUUGAAGUAAUAAGGUAUCCUUACUACAUAACACAGUUAGUUCGCCAUGAAACAACUAUUUUAACAUGGCUACGCUACACAAUAUGGAUACCUCUCUACCCUAUGGGCAUAUUAUGUGAAGGUAUUAUAAUACUGCGCAAUAUACCAUACUUCGAGGAGACCAAUCGUUUUUCACUGCAAAUGCCAAAUAAGUGGAAUAUAACAUUCAAUAUGCCGUUGUUUAUGAAGUUAUAUCUCUUAUUGCUGAUAUUGCCGGGCACAUAUUUGCUUAUGUCACAUAUGACAAAAAUUAGGGCAAAGAAACUUUCCAAUAAAACACACAGUCGGCGCUAAAAGUUUAACAAACAAAAAUAUUCAAUGACAUGUGGAAUGGCCGAGUUUAUGCUACAAUUGAACUGUUUAAUGACAAUUCCGAUUCAGCACAACUUCUACA